AUGGCCCGUCGUGAUCGCGUGCCGCGGCACAAGUCGCACACGCACAAGCGGAACAAGAACGCCAAGCUCUCACCGUUCCAACGAGAGCAGAAGCGGGCAAAGAUGGCGAAUCAGGUGCCGACGGCACACACAAUGGGCAGCCUCGACAGUAUCCCGCACAGCCAGCGUCACAUCUUCGAGUAUCUGCAGGAGAAGCGCUCCCGGCAGCAGGCAAGGCGCGCCGCGCUGGAGAAGGAGCGGCAGGUGCACGGCGCGGAAGCGCACCCAACUGCCGCCAGCAGCGGCAGCGGGGGCAAGUCGAAGGAGGAACAGGGGGCGGCAGAGGAUGGAGCAACGAGGACUGCUGCGGCGACGGCUGUCACGACACCCGCCGCAUCGACGCCAAAGAAGCCAAAGAAGCACGCGGAGUUUGCCUCUCUGAAUGAGGAGCUCAGCGCCUCCGUCGGCACAGUCCUGCAGCCGCCGAGCAGCCGCCAUGGCCGAUUGACCGCCGCCACGGACAAGGACAGCGUCAGUGUUGAACCGCGCUCCGUCGAAGAGAUCAUCGCCCUGAAAAAGGAGCGGAAGCACAAGCGUAAGCAGGAGGCGCGCCGGGCCCGUGUCGCGGCGCAAAUGCAGGCAAUGGAAGAGGAGCUCGAAAAGUACGCCAAGACCGCCAAUGGCGGCGGUAAACGGGCCCGCAAGAAGGGCAAAGGCGGUGACGGUGAGGAGGCGGAGGCUGCCGAUGAUGUACGCGAGCGCGUGAACCUCGCCUUCGAGCGCAAGCUGCGGAGCAUGAAGAAAGACGAAGAAGAGAAGGCGUCUCAGAGCACGGCGGCGGAGGCCGCCGCCACCGAGCCGCGCCGCCACAGUGGCAAUGGUGGAGCACGCAAGCGUCGCCGCGUCACAUCAUCUAACGCGGGCGAGGACGCGAAUGGCAACGACGACCACGCCAACGGCGAAGGCGCCGAAGAGACGGCGCCGCAGCGGCAGCGCAAGCGCAUCACUUUCAACCCCGACGUCGAGGGCCAGGCAGCAGAGGCGGCCGCGAGCCGCGUCGAAAAACGCAGCGUGGAGCGGAAGCCGCAGGACUUUUACGAGCUGGUCGAUGUUGUGCGCUACGGUGAGCGGGUGGAGGCCCCACCUGUGUUCGACGUUGUGCCGAACCGCAACGCUGCCGUGUCGCGGCUGGCAAAGGCGCUGGAGCGUGAGGAAGACCAUCACGUCCGCGGCGGUGAUGCCGCCACCGAGCGGCACCGCCUUCUCGCCGGUGGCGGUCGGCUGGCGCAGCAGAAACGCCUUGCUCGACUUGGACUCGCGCCUGCUAUCACGCAGACGACACGCGCAGACGGCACAGCAGCGCGCAUGAGCAAGGAAGAGGAGUUUAAAGCACUGCGUGACCGCGUGAUGGCGACGUACCAGCGCAAUCGGCGAAGGGAAGUCGCGGAGCGCAAGGGCGUGGACAUGAAGCACGAGUUCCCGCUCUUCGCGUAG